GUUGACCCACGGUAGCGCAAGCGCGUACGAGCCACACGGCCAGGCGACCACCUUACCCACUCCCAAAUGUCCCCGCCGAGGCGCCUCGCCGUGCUCUGCUCCCACCUCCGGCCCGACGGCCCGGAGCCUCCAGCCGAGAAUGAGCGGACGGCCGGGCAGCAAACGGUGAUAUCUACCUCUCCGUGCGCCGCCGCCGUCGACGACGCGGCGGACGGUCGCGUGGGGGAUCGGGGGGUGGAGAGCUGCGUCUUCUGCCGGAUCAUACGCGACGAGGCGCCGGCGUUCAAGCUCUACGAAGACGAUGUAUGCAUUUGCAUAUUGGAUUCUCAUCCAUUGGCUCCUGGGCAUUCAUUGAUAAUUCCAAAACGCCAUUUUUCAUCUAUGGAGGCCACUCCACCUCAUGUCAUAGCAGCCAUGUGUUCCAAAGUACCUUUUCUGAGCAAUGCAAUUAUGAAAGCUACUGACUGUGAUGCAUUCAACUUGGUCGUCAAUAAUGGAGAAGCUGCAGGACAAGUUAUUUUCCAUACCCACUUCCACAUAAUUCCACGUAGAUCUGGUGACAAGUUGUGGCCUACAGAGAGCUUUAGGAGGAGCUCUAUUGAGCCAAAUGAAACCUCGAGCCUUAUUAGCGGCAUCAAGAAGCAACUUGAUUCUUCAGAAGACUGAAGCUCUUUACCGCAUAAGGUGCGAUAGAAAGCUGCUUCAGUUGUCCAGUCAAGUACAUAAUCUGCCUCGGUUGCAUAGCGGAAGUAAUCCAUGAAUUUAACAAAUUCGAUAAAACACUGGCACUGUAACUACUGUAUAAUGUGGAGUUAUGUUGAGUGCUCCAUCGCAUGGAGGAAGUGUGUGUGUGUGUGUGUGUGUGUGUGUGAGUUAUGCUAGUGUUUGAAAAGAUGGCUGCCUACGUGGUUCGUAGGUGCUCGAUAGCCAGCUCUUAUUGCCAACUGAGGCGACAUAUUAGGUACGGAGCCACCUUCGCAUAGAUGAUUAUAUCUUAUGGAAAGAAUCUAAUGAAACUAAUUUGGUGUUGUAGAUGUUAAUAUAUAUUUUUUGAUAA